AACUUCAUUUGUAAAAAAGCAGUCUUCACGUGGUUCAGAAAGCUGCUGACCUGACUUCAGACUCGGCAUCCUGGAAAGGUGUUACCUCUCAAAACAAGGAUUGAAAACAGACUUUAUCUCUCUGUGAUUUUGAGAAGAUGCUUCAGAAAUAGAUCUGUUUGCAACUGUAUUAGCGUCUUCUAUUUUUUACUUAGAAAAAUCAUUACAUGAAAACUCAAUGGAUGUGCUGGGUGCCCCUCCAUGAAGCGCUCAGCAUUAAAGUGGUUAACAUGGCCAGUGCCACAGUAUUUGCCGACUGUGCUGUUGAAAACUGUUGCAGAAAGGUCAGAAAAUGUGAGUAAGAGGCUAGCAAGUCUGCCCUCACCACUGAAGGGUACCACUGGGUGAACGGCAGUAGAGGGAGGAAUUUUUGAUGUGAGGAGUAGGAGUGAAAUGUCUGUAUUAGAAAGGAAGCAACACCUUGUAAAACUAUAAAAGUAGCUUAAAAUAAUACAGAAUAGCAUUUUAUUGAGGAAGUGAGAUACUUUACUGUCCCACUAAUGGUGCUAUAACCUCCUUUCUACUCUAAGGUUAGCUUAAAUGUUUGACAUAGAAAUGCUAGUGAGCAAAUCAAGUUGGUUACUGAUUCACACUUACUUAAACAGGCAAAGUGGGAGGUAAGGUUUGCUUGCCCUCUCUAAGUGAAGGUCUUUCUUCCUUGCUGCCUGCACUGACACUGCUCUGCUUCUAACUGCAGCACUGCAAUCCUUUGCAUAUGAGAGAUUCACAAAAAUAUAAAUGAAUAUCUUUUCUCUAGGAAAAGUCUUUCUUCCUACAUCAACAGCAGCGAAAAAAAUCAACAGUUAACUCAUCUGAAAAACUGGGAUUGCACAGGUCUUUGCAAUGUUGCUAUGUUUUUGUGAUAGCAGCACUUGAUAUUGCAAGGGAGUGAUUGCACCCACCCCAUCUUUGCCCUUUGUGGUUUGUGUUGCUGUAUUCAUUUAUCCCUUUUCCAUCCUAUCUCUUCAGAGUCAUGACUUGUAGUGCCAAUACCUCCACGUUCUGCACUGAACAUGCCAGACUUCAGUGUUCUUCCCUCUAUCAAGCAUGCAUGCACCUCAACAAUUAGGCAUGGAAAAACCUUCAUUUUGGUGUGCCUACUCACAAGACAACAUUUUCGGGAGCAUAUAAAGCCACUUUGCUGGUAAAUGCAGUUGUGGACAGCUGGCUGAACCGGCUCCUCACAAUUUAUUUGUGCUUUGAGGCUGGCAGUGCAGUAGUACAGGGGUGAAAGGCCCACUCAGUGGAUCUUCAUGUGUAAUUGUUUUCCACUAAAGACACCAUCUGCAGUUACCUUUCUCUAGGAAAAAUCCCACUAACUCAAACCACUGAUUCCUUAAUCUCCCUAAAUUAUGGACUGAUAAUUUGUACUUACUUAUUUUAAAGAUAAUCAAUGUGCAAUACCCUGUGUUGUGCAGCUUCUUUUGCAUGUUCUUUGACCAAGUCCCUGCUUAUAUAACUGGCGUGUAAGAAAAUAAAACCUUCCUUCAAGAGGCUGAUAAUGUGAACAACUGUGUAAAACAGGUAACAUAAAGAGAAGAAAAAAGGGUUAAGAGGUAGCCUGUCAGUGUUCACUAGGAUGACCUAUCAAACAGGUUAGAGAACUGAGGGGGUGCAGAGCACCUGCUUCCAGCAGCUAGCACUACAGGCAAUAUUUUCUAUUACUACUUCCCCUGGUAAUAGAAAAUUAGGUGGAAGAACAGAAAGCAAAGCAACGCUUGUGUUCAUGGGUAAGGUCUGAAGCAGAUGAGAACAGAACUGUAUUAAGAUCUGAAAACAGCACUCAUUCUAAAAAACCUCACUCCAACCAAUUUUCCUUGGUUUCACAAAACUAUUUUGCUUAGGAGUCAUACCAGGUAAAAGGGAUGCUUUUGGUAAAUUGACAUUUUUAAGUGAGUCCCCAGAACACACACUUAUUUGCAAAGAAAAGCACUGGUCCUAAAAAACUCAGUGUGAUCCAGUAAUCUCUUAAGACCCUGACAGCUGCCUGACUGCAGCAUUACCACUCUCUGGGAAAAUAAUUGGAGGAAUAUGGGGAUGCAUAGAGGAAGCUGUCUUACAGAGGGGGAACAGUUUACAGGGAAAGGAGUAAUUUUAAUGUAGAUCCCAGCACAGCAAAUAGAGAAUGUUUUCCAUCCUAUUUUAAAAGUUCAAGUGGCAUAUAGGUUUGGAAGGAAAAAAAGAACCCUGUGUCCUCCAGUUCUACUGUGCACUUGCUCAACACAUGAAGUCAUGUCCUAGACCAGAGGAAAAGAGACGGCUGUGGGAUGACACAACACCCAAAUUGGAAAAUUCUGAUUCCAGACAGGAUCUAAGGAUCACUCUGUGGGAUUGAGGAAGUGCUCCAGUACAAUCCCAUUGCAAAUAGUGCUUGCAGAGUUCUUAAAUGAAUGAAAGGAGCAAGGUGACACUACAUCUGUAUAAACUAUUAGCUGGACAGCUAUUAUAAUAUAGUGCUGCUUUUAAAAGGAUGUUGGAAAGCCUGAAAGAUUCAGCAGUGGCAAGGAUGAUUCAUAGUAUGGAAAAACCUGACUUGUAAAGAGCAGUAACAGUUCAUUCCAUUAAGUUUAACAAAUGUAAGGUUAAAGGUGAUUUAGACUUCGGCUAUAAUUGCCAGUGCAAGGACAGUUUAUGUAGUAUUUCAGCACUUUCUAGUUUAGUUGUCAUCAUACAAAACCACUGCAUUGCAAGACUGAUUUCUUUGCUCAAGAGGUGCAGAUAAUCCUGACCAGACUUAGUGUUGUGGUAAAGGCUGAUCUUGAGUGUAUUUGUCAGAAAAUUUGCUGACACCCUGGGUAACAGGGGCGAUGUAAUAAUGCUGCAUUUGGAAGCUUCACAGCUUUUUUUUAAAGGAAUCCAGCACUAAUAUUCCUCAAGGUCUGUGCACUAAAAAAUGAGAACGACAUCUGCAAUUGCAUUCAGCAUCAGUUCUAAAAGUGCCAAAUUUUGUGAACAGCCCUUUCCAGGAAAGAGCUGUUGUCACACAGUCUCAUGUGAAUGUACAGUAGACUAAAGGCACUUUUUACUGACUUUGAAGAAACAGUCUAAAAGGUAAAUUUUCUAGUGCUAGAGCUAUUUUUAGUUUUACAAAUUUCAGGAUAAGCUUGCUUCCCCACAGCUGCUGGUAGCAGGAAAUGACAUUAUCUGUUCUACUGCCCAAGCAGUAAUCAGUGUCCUGUGUGUGUCCCUCCCAUGCUAGUCAAAACAGGCAGAGUAGUUGGAGAUUUUUCCUCCUUAAGGAAUUAUACAAAGACAUUCUACCAGAACCUUUCAAUAGGAAUUGCUUUAGUCUGAAACUGUUAGGAAACAGAAAAUUUCAAAAUUCAAUAAUCUGUCUGUUUAAUAUAUGAGACAUGAGUUCAGCAGAACAAUUCAUUAUGAUAUGCAGAAGUAUCCUAGAUACCUGUGAGUACAGGAUAAGAUUCCUCACUCUGUCAAGUUUAGUGUUACAGGAGGUGCUUUCUCUUUCCUGCAGAGAUGUGCUAUUCGGGGUGUUUGGACAUUAUUCUCUAUAAACCUUAAAACCUACAACAAAAUAUGUCCAGAAUUAAGGGGAAAUUAUAGGGUAAUUUUACUGCUUCAACCUGGUGGAAAGCUUUGGCUGUCUUGAAAUAAUGUUUCUCCCACAGCCAACAGUUCUCCCAGGCUUCUCAGUACUCACCAUCCUGUUGCCGCUUACCCUCCUGCUCACCUACUGGUUGCCCCAGAAAAAUAUCAGAAAGCAUACUUUGAUAUUUUUGUAAACCAAGAAAUGCAAAAUGAGCUGCACCAGAGGUUCAGGCAUGACUAUAAAUGUCACGCUUGAGAGCAUGGAAAAGCAUUCCUAGCAAUGGCCAUGUGGAAUUUUCCUGCAGAAAAUUGAGCAGGAAGUGGAGAGCAAGGAUCUCUUCACUGCUGUUGACUAAACAUAUGCUGUCCAUAUGUUGGAUGCAUCAGCUAGCUGGGGCCAAGGAAAAGCUGCAAUAGCUUCAGCUUGCUUUUUCUGCAUUCCAGAAUGAGCACGGUAUCAUGGGUGCUAAAUUAAAGAAGAAGAAACACAAGGAGACAGGCAGUCAUGCAGGGGUGAAUCCAUUUCGGAAGUGAUGGUGGUAAUUCAAGAAAUCUUUAGUGAUGGCUUCAGGCUUCACUUCCCAGACCUUUGUUCUUUCAAGCAAAGUUUAUUCUUUCACAUGAUGGACUCUGUUAACCAUACACACACAAAGUUCUUGUAUAACUAACCUGAACCUUCGACUUUAAAUGCUCUGCCAAGUCCUUUACAAGCCCCCUUUCUCUUGAAGGAGAGAAUACAUUAUAGUCAGUAAUGGAGCAAAACAACAACAAUGUAGAAGAUUUCUCCUUGAAUGUUUUUUCUGUCACUCCUUGUCAGCCAAACAGAUCUGAUGCCCUGGUGUCAGAUGGGGAUAAAGCUGGCACCACUCUGCUCUUUUCAGGUGUGUUUUUGGGACUGGUGGGGAUCACUUUCACUGUGAUGGGAUGGAUAAAAUAUGAUGGCAUUACUCACCUGGAGUGGACUCAGUUACUAGGGCCUAUUCUGCUGUCUGUCGGGGUGACUUUUAUUCUGAUUGCUGUUUGUAAAUUUAACAUGCUUACGUGCAAGCCCUGUAAAGAAAGAGAGGAAAAUACGCCGGAACUUGACCAGGCUGCAAGCGGACAGUCCUUUGUCUUCACCGGCAUUAACCAGCCUAUAACUUUCCACGGUGCCACGGUGGUACAGUACAUCCCACCGCCGUACCCGUCCCAGGAAGGCGCUGCCGUCAAUCCCGGCCACCUGUGCCCAGGGCUCCGCUGCUGCGCUGCUGCUCCCCCCAGCACCUCGCCACUCCUCGCCUCGGGCUCUCCUCACUUCUGCCCUGCCUAUGCCCUGGACAACCUGGCUUUUACUGGAGAUGAGGGCUACACUGCUUAUGCUGCAGAGAAUUCCAGGAAUCAGAGGUCAGAAGACAGUUCUGAUGAACCAGAAAGACUGCUGGAAGACUAUGCCCGUAAUAACUUGUCACCUCCACGUUAUGAGGAAAUAUACCCUUUUUCUUCAUAAAAUCAUCAUGGACAAAAGACAACAAUCCUAGGAGAUGCUAGCAAGAAUCCUAGAAAAUCUUUUCUUUAAACACUUGUGUGAUAAGACAGUGUGAGCAAGUUCUUGAUUUUCAUACACAGUAUCACUGAAGAUAUUUAACUGACCCUUUCCUUUUUCUCUGUCAAAAUUUGUUAGCCCUUUGCAAUGCAGUUUAAUAGCAGAGCUAUUAAUUAUUCAAUGGCUAAACUAUUAAUAGCAAAGGUAUUAAACACAAGGAUCCAAAUCCAUAUUAGGAUUCCCCAACAAGAAGCUUGAUUUUCAGACUUGCUGAAACCAGGGAGAACUGUGAAUGCAGAAGAUGUUUGUGGAAGAUCAUGAUUGCCCCUGGACAUUCAGCAUCUUUAGAAAAUACUUGAUUUUUUGUUGAGGUAUUUUCAUUCUUGAUUGCUUGGGAAACCUCAGAAGUACUCAAGUGUCUGAUCCAUGAAAGUGCAUUUUAUGUCUUAAUUUUGUCUGAUUCUUUAGAAGAGCUUACUCAUUAACAAGUCCAAUCUACAGAUUAGACUUUGUCAGCUUGCUUUAGCUGGACAACCAGUCCUGUUGCACAACUCAGUCCUGUAGGCAUUUUUUGGACCAUCUUGCUUGAACCACACCAUCUCAGAACAGAGAAAACAAAUAGUGACUUAUGACAACUUUUACAUAAGAUCUCUAAGACAUCUUGCAUGCAUCAAAUUCAGCUCCCUUCCCUACCUGAAUGGAAGCAAAGCACAGCCUCCCACCAGGAGUCCUAAUAACUAUGAAGUUAAUAUCACUAAAGAAAAUGGCAUCUUUCUGAAGCCUCGACAGAGAUGUGUCAUCCUGCCACUGUUAAGGACUUUGACAAUCACAGCUGCUGCACCCCACUCUGCGGGAGGGCUGUGGUGAAACACCUCUGAGGUCCCUUCUUAUUUGAAUGUAUUCUUAGGCACACAACCCAGGCUGCAGGUUGCCCCCGGAGUAUCUAGGCAGCUGUAGGCUGUAGUAAACUUUCUUGCUCAAGUUCAGCUUGGUUCCAUGCAUUGAAUCCACAACAAUUUGAGAUAAGCUCAUUUGGCUAGAGAAUGGCAUUGCUGAACACCCAGACUGUGGGUUUGAUCCCCGAAUGGGCCAUUCACUUAAGAUUUGGACUUGACGAUCCUUGUAGGUCCCUUCCAAUUAACAAUAUUCUGUGAUUCUGUGAAAUAUAUUUACAGCUGUAUAUAACAAAAGAUGAAGUGUAUUAGCACUGAAAGUUUGCAAUACAGAAUGAAGAUCCGAAGAGGCUUAGCUCAGGAGCUUAUAAAACCACAGAGCAAUGACAAUGCUACAAGUCCCUACAUUUUUGUUUUGUUUUUCCACAUAUAUUUAAGGUUCUGCUUUUAGAUGUGCCAAGAAGUGCAACAAGCCAGUAUUCCCUAUGAUGAUCCCAUUAGAUUUUCUCAUCUCCCUCAAAGCAAAAGCUGAUCUCAGCUCUCACCUGCUGGAGUGGGCGCCACACAAAACGCCCCGGAGGGCAAUGGUCACUGUCCCAGGUGACCAAGCUGUGCACUGCUGGUGUGCCUGUGGGUCAGUCUCCUGGCACAGCACAGCUAAAAGCAGGCGUCCAUUAUGGAAUGCACCAACUUUCUCUUACUCGUCAAUGCAGCUGUCUCUGCUCUUGCCAGAUUUCAUCCACCUGUGAUUGAUCUCAUUCCUGGGAGCUGGAGAAGCUUGGCAUUUGAGCACAGACAGUUGCACACUAACCUGAUGUAGCUGGCAGAAAAUCUCAGAGUUUCUGUGCAGCUCCUCUAGCAAUCAGGAGACAGCUCUGGAUGGAGAUGUGCAUUCAGAACAUUGUCCAGCUGCAUGGACCUGCAGGUGCUUGCCUCCCUGUCCUGUGCACUCAGAGGUUGCCAAGAAAUAAAGCAUGGGGUGGGAGGGCAGCACAAAACAACCACUGCCCUCCACAGUGAUGGACAAGACACUAACAGAGGUCAUAUUUGGGAUGCAACAUUUAAACAGACUCAAAGCUGGAUUAGCAACUGCAGCAGCAGCUACUGAACAGUGACUGCAAACUUUGUGUGAGGUUUUUCUCAUUAGAGAAAUCUGGAACACACUGUUUUUCAGCAGUGAUGUCCUGGUGUUAGCAGGUAGUUGGAGAAGGGGAGGCAUGUGUAGUUGGAGAAGGGGAGGCAUGCUGUGUUCAGCAUGAUCUCUAUGGGAUUGAGUGAGAGAACAGAGGAUCUAAAAAUAAAUGCAAGUUUAUUUUAUGGAAGUGUCAUGCUCCUUUUCUGGAAUUUACACAGAGGUGAAUUCAUCCUCCCUCCACAGCAGGAAACUGGAUGGUCCCAAAUCGCCAGGUAGUUCCACAAGUACAGAGCCCUGAAUUUAGCACACAGUUGUGCUGAACCCAGCAGGCACUGCAGUAGCACAGAGGUCAGGCUUGAUGGAUACAAUUGCAGGACUAGGGUCAAAAUUUCUGCCCAGUCACCCUCCUCCACCCCAAGAAAAUUCCUUCAGUCAGACACCACAGAUUUUUUUCCUGCUUCUCUUCCUCCUGCCAGCUCCCUGCGUCCCCCCAGCCCCAGCAUAAAUUUUACUAGGUAAUAAUAUCUUUUUUUAGAUAUUAGAUAGACAGAAUAAAUGGAAAAAAACUCAGAAACUCAGAAGGGUGCACUGUGGACUUCACAUUGAUUUUAAAGUUUACUUCUAGCUGCACUAUAUUCAUUGUAGAGAAUUGGAAGAAUCCUGGGUUUCUCUUUAAAGAGGAUAUUAAGUUUAAAAAGCUAUAUUGAAAUUACCUUGACCCAUCAGAUUAAUUCUGGCUGAAUUCUGUGGGAGUCUUUUGAGAAACUCCAGGGUGGUAACAGUCUCUUGGUGUACUGAGUGCUGAUGAUGGAUUUUAAGAACAGAGACAUGUACUAUGAAGGCUUUUACUUCCUUUUCUUCCUUCCACCUUCUACUUUCAUCCUUUUUUUUCUGUUUUAACUACCGGGUUUGGAGGGGUUGCUGGGUGUGUGCGUGUUUUCUUUGUUUGUUUGGAUUUUGGAGGGUUUGUUUGUUUGUUUUUACUGUGAUAUAUAACCAUCACAUGAACUCACUUCUUAGCAUUAAGAAAUCUUUCUGCGCUAUGAUGAGUGAAAGAACAAAUCCUUUUGGCCUUCAACCAAGGUCAACUGUCACAGCCCUUCCACAUUAUACUGAUGUAACUUCAGAAAGCACCUGGAAGACUGUAUUUGAGAUUUUGCUCAAUCCAUUUUUAAUUUAAAAUGGUGCUCUUUAAGCAAAAUUGCAUUCUCCCACAUUGCAAACCUGCAGAAUAUUGGGGAUUUAAUAGUUUAAAGUGUCUUGCACUCUAGUCAUAGUGAUAGAAUCUUGUCUGUACUUUCAGCUAUGUGCGUGGGCUCUUGGGAUUUUUCCUAAUAUAACUCUAUUUAUAAGAUUUUGAUCAUAAACUAGUUAAUGUAUGAAAUCAGUAGAGGCACGUGUAUUGAUAUGAAACUGAGCAUGAUCUAUUAAUUUCAGUAAAAACUCUACAAAGAUCUUCUCUAAGAUCGAGGAGCUAUUUCCAGACAUUGAAUGCCACACGGUGCAGCGUGCGAAUUUCUUCUCGUGUUAAAUCCGAAGCCUGCUGUUUCCCACCGGCGCUGCCGUAUUGCGGUCAGUGCGGGGGUGCAGCAGGAGGGUUUGGGGCGCGGUGCUUUAGCAGCACGUUCCCCGAGUUUCCCCGGCCGCUGCCGUGCCCGGCGCCGGUGCUGCCGCGCCAGGGAUGCUCCCCGGCGCAGAGCACGCACGGGCGGGGGCGCUGAAAUCCUUCUGAGAGCUAUUUUUAAACUGAAUCGGGAUUUAGGAAAUCUGGGUCUCGGGGAAAAAAAACAAACCUGUAAGUAGGGCUCGUUCCUCUCCAGAGAGCCCCAGUGACGCACACG